UCGGUGGGCGCUUUCAGUAAGCUGCUGUUCAGGCGCAGUGAAAUGCAGAGGCAGAGUCAGCCAACGCCACGAUGGAGUCACAAUACAAGUUUUUUAUGUAUUUUCCUGUCGCCCAAAUAUCGAGUUUAUCAGACGCAGCAAACUACACAACGCUUCCUCAGCGAAAGAACGUCUACCUCGGGGAGACGCUCCAGUUUCUGCUGGUGUUGCGGUCUCGGGGCUUAACGGACAGGGACGAUGGUGCUCUGUCUUGGAAGGACCUGGGGGGUUCUUUGUGCGCUCUGGCGAGCGUGUGCGCCGCGGAGAGCUGGCGGCAGACACCGGCUGAGCAGUGUGACCGCAUGAGCAGCUGCAGUGAAGACAGCGAGGAUGUAGAGUCCGAGGAUGUAGAGUGUAGGACCGCAGAACAGAGCGGAAGAAGACUGGGGGACAAGCAGACCUUCACACAGUGUAACCAACUUGUCAGUCAUAAAUGCUCACCCAGCAGUGCAGCGAUGCACAACGAGACAGAACAAGCCAAGUCUGCUUGGGUGUUGGAAGACCAGCUUAUCUUCUGUCUCACUGUCUCUUUGGACAAGCUGCCAGUCAGUACACGUAAAGCCAAGAUUGUAGUCACUGUGUGGAAGCAGAUGGAGGAAAAUGCAGAAUUAAGGGAGCUUGGCUACCUGACUCUGCUGCAGUUUAGGAGUCCAACCUGCACCUUCAGACAAGAUCUUAGUUCCUUCAAGACACAAGUCAGCACUACUCUGGAUGUUCUUCCACCUCCCAGUGUCCAGUGUCGACAGAUGACUGUUUCUGGAAAACAUCUGACCGUCCUCAAGGUGAUGAACUGCAGCUCACAGGACAGAAUGUGUGUCAAAGAUGUGAAGAUUCUUCCAAACUAUAACUCGUCUUACCUUCCCAUGAUGCCUGAUGGCUCAGUUCUCGUAGUCGACAACGUCUGCCACCAGUCAGCGGAGAUCACCAUGGCUUCAUUCUGUCGGAUAGACAACAAACCAUCACAUCUACCUUGUAUGCUCAGUGCCCUGGAGGAGCAGACCUUCAUGUUUCAGCUGCAGCUACAAGAGAAAGAAGAACAGCAAUCCAGCAAGGGUUUGGAAGUCCCAUUGUUGGCUGUCCUACAGUGGCACAGUCCAGUACAUCCUGCCAUGAGAUGCAUCUCUACUUGUUACUCGAUACCCAGUGUUCACUUAAAUCGUCCAGAGUUGGUGAUGAUGGCGUCCUGCCCAAGGACCGUCAGGCCUCAACAACACUUCAGGGUGAAAUAUACACUGCUCAACAAUUUGCAAGAUUUCCUCGCUGUUCGUCUGAUCUGGAAUUCAGAGGGAGGAAGUCAGCAGGAUCCCAGUGUGGGAGCGGUUGUGUGCCAGUCUCCACUCAACAACCUGGGCCAGUGUGAGAAAGGCUCCAUACUGUCCUUCACUGUGGCCUUCCAGAUUCUCAAAACUGGGAUUUUUGAGCUGAGCCAGCAUAUGACGUUUACAGCUUCUGUGCCCGCACCGCCCACGGAGCCUCAGUCACCUUUGAAAAACACCUUGGGAGGACACCUGAGCCGAUUAAAGAGCUUCCCCCACCACCAGCCAUUUUGGUCAGUAAAUCUCAGGUCAGGCGCUGUGGCGGAGCUCCAGACAACAACCUCUCCUGCAGGAACUGUUAAUCGAGCCCCUCACCUGUCCCCCGAUCCCAGCUUUGUUUCACUGGUAAAAAUAGCCAAGAGAGAGUGUAAGGUGCUAGUGCUGGAAUGAAUCAAAGAUGUACACAAAAGGUGAUCUGGACUGUGGGAGCUUAUGACAAAAGCAUCACUGUCCUGUGGCUGUGCUUCAACACAGAGCAGCCGUCAGAUCUUUGUCUUCAUCCCAAGAAGAAGCAACAAUCAUACUAUAAUAAAUGCUAAAGAUGGAGUCAGUGAAUGAGGAAUGAAACAUGAAUCAGAGGACUGGUGCUGAUGAGAUUCUGAUGUGAGCUCAGGUUAGUGGAGGGAUACUUCUGUUUGUUACGCUUCUAUCUGAUGACAAAUUCCCUCCAUCACAUCAACAUUUUAUUUACUUUAAAGAUUUUCUUCACACCUUUUAAAAAUGUUUGUUUUUGCUAAAACUGUUUAACUGUGUAUCACUGUUAUUCAAACACGUCUCUGUUUAUGCUUGAAUCUGUUGGUUUCACUCGAGUUUCCUUUUAGGAUCAUCGAGUCAGGCUCAACAGCGUAAAGUAAGCUCCAGUAUGUUUCAUGUCUCACAAUGUGGACGUGAUAACAGAACUUUACGUUUUUGUAAAGAAAUGUUUUUUGUUUUUGUUUUGUUUUGCAUACUGUGCUGUCAACAAACCAUAAUGUCAUCACAUUUCAAUUAAUUUAAGUUAAACUUAUUACAGUAUCCAUGUGGCCUUUAUAUGUAACAAUAAAAAUGUAAUUACUCAUUCAAUUUAACAUGUCAAAGGUUUACAGCUGGAUCUUGGCUUCUUGCCUCAAACUUAAAGGAUUUAUGUCUUAAACUAUUCUUAUGUCAGCCUCUAUGGUUUGCACUGACACUGAGGGGCUAAAAGUUUAGUUUUAUAAUAGGAUCCAGUCAGAGUGUGUCGAGCCCUUGCAGUAGUUACUUACUUACAGUUUAUAUUAUCUUUUGAUUUAACUUCUAGCAGCACUGUCUAAUAUUUCAGACCUUCCUGCUGUGAUAUUUGCCCCCUCCUUCAUUUCCUUUGUGUUUUUCAUUUAUUAGACUUGCAUGUUCCAGAUCAUAAAAAAGACAAUAACCAGAGUAAAUAUCCCAGCAGCUGAGCUGGUGGGCAGCGCAGACGCUCAACUUUGUGAACGUGGACCAAAAAUGGGCCCAAUGUGGCUUAGAAACAGCUGCUUGAUUUUUUAUUUUUUUUACAUAAAAAAAUUUAACAAUUAUAAAAUUUGCACUUUACUUGUGAAUACAACUUUUGCUAACUCUGAUUUCAUUGCAUUAUCAUAAAACUGCUUUUUCUGUGCAGUAGAAACGAGCGAUACUGUAGGAGGCUGACAGUUUAAAGAGGACGUACAGUGGGAUGCAAACGUUUGUGCAACCUUGUGAAUAGUCAUUAUUUUCCUGUAUAAAUCGUUGGUUGUUACAAUAAUUAUUGCACACUUCCUGUAAAUCCAAUAAACUUCAUUUCACUUCUCAAAUAUCAUUGUGUGUGUCUCCUAUAUGAUAUAUUUAACUGACAUUUUUUAUUGUAACAACCAACGAUUUAUACAGGAAAACAAUGACUAUUAACAAGGUUGCACAAACUUUUGCAUCCCACUGUAACUCAUUUUUAUUGAGACUGAAGAUGAUUGCAUGUGCGAGUGCAUGUUUGGAGUCAUUGCACUGAUGGUACCAAUGUCUUCGCUCAUGGCAUUGUUAUGGAUUAGAAUCUGAGCGUCUGCAGUGCCUAAACAUUGUGCACAGUUUAGUAGAGAUAAAUGCAAUCGUAGGCUUACAAUUAAAAAACUGACAUCAAUCAAUCAAUCAAUCAAUCAAUCUUUAUUUAUAAAGCACUUUUCAUACAAAAAAUGUAGCACAAAGUGCUUUACAUGGUUAAAAGCAGCCCACCCCACCCUCUCACUCACUCCCCGCACUCUCAUUAACAGUUACAGGUAUGGUGCAGUGACUGUCAGGGUCAGAUGAUGUAAUACUUUGUGAAUGUAUCAUUAGGGUAUCAUGGACCAUCAAAAGUUCUCAUCCUCAUAAGAACAGUUGUGUUCAGGACAGUGUGCAUAGGAAACAACAUUCUGAAUAUGUGGCAGUGCAGCUGAGACUGUAAUCUUAAUGAGUCUGUGCACAGCUGCUGGUUUUUUGUUGUUUUUGUUAAAAGUAUUGAGCGACCUUUCUAACAAC